AUGAACCGAAGCAUUCCUGUGGAGGUUGACGAAUCAGAACCAUUCCCAAGUCAAUUGCUGAAACCAAUCCCAGAAUAUUCCCUGGAAGAGGAAUUGGAACCACCUGCUCCAAAUACAGGGAACAUGGCACCCAGGAGCUUGUCUGCACUCCAAGCCCCUGACCAUGCUUCAGGAGACCUUUGUCAGGAUAGCCCUCCCCUGAAACUUGCAAAUCACCGGCCUGUGUCACAACAGGUCACCUGCUUGCGCACUAAAGUCCUGGAGGAGAGUGAAGCCAGUUUCUUUAGAAGGCACCCUGAUCCUGGCAAAGGUGUUUGCUCAUGUUCGUCUGAAGCCAGAGACCCUGAGUCUGAGCUUGGAGCCCUCCCUCCAGAGCACAGGGUUUCAUUUAUGGAGAAACGCAAUAGAUGGCUGGGAUCGCAGCUUUCAGCAGCUUCUCCCGACACUGGCCAUGACUCAGACAAAACGGACCCAAGUUUACCUAAUGCUCUGGCAGACUCCUCCAGUGGCGGCCAAGAGACGAUACCUCGGCCCCGGCCCCACAGGAACAGAGCAGCCCCAGAUGUGCCCACGAUAGACACUGGUUAUGAUUCCCAGCCCCAGGACGUCCUGGGCAUCAGGCAGCUGGAAAGGCCACUGCCCCUCACCUCCACGUGUUACCUGCAGGACCUCCCUGGGCCUCUGAGGUCCAGGGAGUUCCCUCAGUUUGAACUUCAGAGGUAUUCCGCGUAUGCACAGAGGCUGCCUCUCAAUCCUUCCCCACAGGCUCCAUGGAACUAUCAGUAUCAUUGUCCCGGAGGACCCUAUCACCAGGCGCCAUAUGCUCAUGGCUACCCUCCAGCAGCCUACCAGCAAGUCAUCCAGCCUGCCCUGCCUGGACAGGCCCUUCCUGGGGCAAGAGUGAGAGGCCUGCAUCCUGUACAGAAAGUCAUCCUGAAUCACCCCAGCCCCCAGGACCAAGGAGAGAGGCCUGCACAGAGAGACUUCUCUUUCCGAAGGCUCCCAAGGGACCAGCUCUAUCACCCACCGUCUAGUGGAGCUGGAGCUCCCGAAGGGUCCCUGGAACAUCCUGCAGAGCUGAGACCACAGGGCCCCCAGGCUCCAUCCCCAGCUGCUGUGCCUAGACCCCCUAGCAACCCCCUAGUCCGAGGAACUCUAAAAACUAGCAAUUUGCCAGAGGAAUUACGGAAAGUCUUUAUCACUUAUUCUAUGGACACAGCCAUGGAGGUGGUGAAAUUUGUGAACUUUUUGUUGGUGAAUGGCUUCCAAACUGCAAUUGACAUAUUUGAGGACAGGAUCCGGGGUAUUGAUAUCAUUAAAUGGAUGGAGCGCUACCUUCGAGAUAAGACAGUGAUGAUAAUUGUAGCAAUCAGCCCCAAAUACAAACAGGAUGUGGAAGGCGCUGAGUCGCAGCUGGACGACGAUGAGCAUGGCUUACAUACUAAGUACAUUCAUCGAAUGAUGCAGAUCGAGUUCAUAAAUCAAGGAAGCAUGAAUUUUAGAUUCAUCCCUGUGCUCUUCCCAAAUGCCAAGAAGGAGCAUGUGCCCACCUGGCUUCAGAACACUCAUGUUUACAGCUGGCCCAAGAAUAAGAAAAACAUCCUGCUGAGGCUGCUCCGAGAGGAGGAGUAUGUGGCUCCUCCCCUCGGUCCUCUGCCUACCCUUCAGGUGGUACCCUUGUGACACCAACCAUCUCCAGCUCAGUGCAGUCCUGUCACAGCAUUUUUCCAGUUGAGGCUAGUUGGUGGCACUCAGGGCUGUCUCAGUGUCUUCAAGGGGGAUCCGGGCCCCAGAACGCCUCUUCUGAAGAAUUCUCUGCCUCCUAACACUUUGGCUGCUAUUUCCUGCCUUUAAAAAACACACACAAGGUGCCCAUGUCCUCCUGAGUCUGAGUUGUCCAACUUGGGCUUCCAGUACUUUUAGUGAGUGGAUACUACAGGUGAUGGCAGCAAACGCCUAUGACCACAAAAACUCUCUUAUGACUUCAGCUACUUUUAUGAGUUGGCCAGAUGCUGUGUCCUUAGACCAAACUGAGGAAUGUCCAAAUAAUAAAAUGAUUACACUUCGUAAGAAUGUGUUUCAUUUAUCUGAAUGGAGACAGGCAUAUUAACUUAUAUUGAAAUGGGCAGGUGUGGGACACCAACAAAGCUGCUUAUAGUAUUAGACAGAUGUGACAGAGUUCUCUGUAUUAAAGGAUUAAAACCAGAAAGUUAACCACCAUUUUUUUUAUAACUAUGAAAGGUUUACUCUUACAGUUGAGGUUUUUAACAGAAAAGUCCUGAUUGUAAACAGUGUAAUUGGGCAGAGUGUGUAGCUCAGUGGUAGAAUACUUGCUUAACAUGUAGGAAGUCCAGGAUUCAACUCCUAGCACUGCAAGAAGAGAAAAAGGGCCAAGUGGUGGCAGCAAAUGCCUUUAAUCCCAGCACUUGGGAGGCAAAGGCAAGCAGAUCUCUGUGAGUUCAAGGACAGCCAAGGCUACACAGAGAAACCCACUCUCUAAAAACCAAAUGAGAGAAAGAGAGAGAGAGAAAGAGAGAGAGAGAGAGAGAGAGAGAGAGAGAGAGAGAUUAUUUACAAUCACAUCUCCCAGGGGAUAAUUUAAUUCUACUUUUAUUUAUGUUUUGUCUUUUGGAGAAAGCGUCUUACUAGGUAGUUCUGGCUGUCUCAGAACAGUCUUGAACUUACAUCCAUCUUCCUGUCCUGGCUCUCUGAGUGCUAGGGUUACAGGUAUGCACCAGCAUGCUUGGUAUCUUAGUUACUAUUCUAUUGCUGUGAGGAGAUGUCAUGACCAAGACUGUGUUUAACAUUUAGUUGGGGGCUUGCUUACAGUUUCAGAGGGUGAGUCCAUGAUUAUCAUGACAGGGAGUAUGGCAGCAGGCAGAUAGGCCUGGUGCUGGUGCAGUAGCAAGGAGCUUACAUCUUUCUUAUCAGCAAGAUGAAGGCCGAGAUGGAGGGAGACUGGGUCUGGCAUUGGCUUUUGAAACCUCAAAGCCCACAAGCCAUGUCACACCUCCUCCAACAAGGCCACACCCACUAAUUCUUCCUAAACAGUUCACUAACUGAGAACCAGACAUUUGAAUAUAUGAAUUUGGAACAGUUUUCAUUCAAACCACCAUAUCGGGCUAGAUUUUCUUUUUAAAUUAAAAUGUAACCAGUUUUUAAAAAACAGAAAACAAAUUGCUUCAUAAUAACUAAAAAAGACACCUUACUGUUUUUUUGCUGAUUAUUAGAGUCUUACUGUGUAUUUCAGGCUGCCCUCUUAACUGGUUAGGCCAGAUUAGCUUGUAACUUGUAAUCUGUGUCUACUGUGUCUAUUUCCUGAGUGUUGGGAUUAUAGGCAUGCAUCAGUGUAUCUGACAAAACUUGCUCCUCCCAGACCCCAGUGCUGAAGACUGAAUCUAGGGCCCUGGGGAUGCCACAUCCCUAGCUCUUGGGUACAUUGUCUCAAGAGACAUUUUCUUCUUCUUUUAAAAAUGUCUUCAAUAAUACCCUCAAAUCAAUAAUUUGGGCUUAUUUGGUCUCCAAAGAAAUGACACAUAGCCAUUUAUAAAAUGUGUGUGUAUGAUCUAAAUAAACCGUUGCACAAGAAAAGAACAGGUCAAUAAAAAGAUGCUUGGGGGAUGAGAGCUGUUGCUUCCUUUCUCUGCCUAACCUGGUAAACAAGUUUCAACUUUACUGUGAGAUAGUUAUACCUCAAAUGUCACUAUAGAGAAAGACAAAUACUCUUUAACUACUAAUGAAUUAUGAAGUCUUCAAUUUGACUUACUUUAUGUCCUACAUGUGCACUGAGUAAAAGCUUUAAAAAAUAAAAAAAGCAUAAUUUAGGUG